GUUGCUGUUUUCGGAAAAGGGGGAAGUGUUGGUUUAUCGUUCACUGUCCCACCAAAGAAAUGCGCAAUCUUAGGCAUCGAUGGCAUGACAUGUAACUCAUGUGUGCAAAGCAUUCAAAACAAUAUCAGUAAUGUCAAUGGCGUCGAGUCUAUAAAUGUCUCCCUCAAAGACAAGGAAGGUCGUAUCAUCUUUUUUCCUGAUGAAAUAAACGAGCAAGCUCUUGUGACUGAAAUUGAAGACAUGGGAUUUGAUGCAUUUAUUAAAGCUGUUGAGCAGCUUGUCGUGAAGGACGAGUCACCUUCGAAGUUUUUGCGUGAGAACACAAAGGAAACCAAGCUUAAGGUGUAUGGCAUGACUUGCCAAUCAUGUGUGCGCGCCAUAAAACAAAAUCUUUCAGAGAUUAAAGGUUUCAUUUAUGCUGAAGUAUCGGUGGAUGACAAUGAAGCUAUCAUCAAAUACAAUUGUGAUGAAACAAACACUGCCAUAUUGAAAGAAUCAAUUGAAGAUUCUGGAUUUGAGGUUUAUAUAGAUGAUGAAUUAAUUGAUCGUGAACCCAAGAAGAUUGCUUUCCGUGUAUCAGGAAUGACGUUUCCUUCAUGUGUUGAUACUAUAAGACAAACACUCCAGUCUACUGAUGGAGUUAAGGAGGUAGAUGUUGAGUUGAACAGUGAAAAGACUGAAAUCUGGUACCAACCAGCAAUAAUUGAUCCUGCUACACUAAUCAAGCUAAUUCAAGAUAAGGGUUUUGAAGCUACCUUAAUAUACCACAAUGGUAGAACACCUGAGUACAAAUUGGUGUUGAUUUCCAUUGAAGGAAUGACAUGCAAUUCUUGUGUUAAAAGUAUAGAAGGAACCGUUUGUGAUAUAGCAGGCGUUAAAUCUAUCAAGGUUUCCUUGGAGGAGAAAACAGGCGAGAUUAUAUUUAAUCCAGACCUCACGGGAGAAAAUGAUUUGAAGGAUGCAGUUGAUGAUAUGGGAUUCGAAGCUGCAAUAAAAGAACAUCAAAAACCAG